AUGGCGCACAACGUGGGGAGACACUCGAGUGCCAAGGAGGAGAGAAAGUUGCGCAAGCCGCUCAUUGAGAGGAAAAGACGGGAGAGGAUUAAUAACUGCUUGGAUCAACUGAAAGAAACCGUGGUCGGGGCGUUCAGUCUUGACCAAUCGAAACUUGAAAAGGCGGACAUUCUAGAGAUGACAGUGAAACACCUGCAGAAUGUUCAGACACAUAGAUUCAGUGACCCCACCUUAGGCCUGGAAGCACAGCAGAAGUACAGCACAGGCUACAUCCAGUGCAUGCACGAGGUCCACAACAUGCUGCUCAGCUGCGAGUGGAUGGACAAAACAUUGGGCUCCCGCCUGCUCAACCACCUGCUCAAAUCCCUGCCCCGCUCAAGCGAAGAGCACCCCUCUCAGGCCAACCCCAACCUCAGGCCCGACACCCCCCCACCCAGCCAGGGGCCAGGAGCCCCCACUACACCUCUCAGAGGGGACCCCAGGUCUGGGAGGCAGGGCCAGAUGGAGGGGCCUCUGUGCCAUGUGGUGGGGCCCCAGGACAAGCCCCUGCUCCUGCCCGGGAGCCCCCACCUGGGCAUGCUGGAGAUGUGGAGGCCCUGGUAAACUAAACCGGCCCUCUGGGUGUGUGCUGGAUCCCUAUGUUAGACCCUCCUCUGUUAUGUAUCUUAUAGAUAUGCUACUCAGAAGACAUUGUUUUG